AACACAGCUAAAAAGAUUUUGGAUUUUCAUUGGGGUGAAUCACAUCCGGGUGUGGGAAAAGAAAUUCCCCAAACUAAAAACCCCUAAUUUUCGCGAACUCAACUCUACAGCACAAAACAAUGGCACUUUGUAGUGGCAGUUUAUGCAACCCUCAAAUUGCGCUGCUUCCCCGUUCCGUAAAUUUGAAGCAAUCACAGUCGGAAAUCACGUUUUCAACUCCAACCACUCUUUCACUAUCAAUUUCUGCCUCCAACGUUCUUCGCCAUGCCCCUUUUCCACUGUUUUGCUGCAUAGCCGAUUCCACCUCCUCCACGUCUUCUGUCGAAUCUCAUAGUCCUUCUUCAAACAAAAUCUUCAUCAAAGGGCUUCCCCUCUCAACCUCUGAAGUGCAUUUAGCCAAAGUGUUUUCAGUGUUUGGUGAAGUCACUCAAGUCAAGCUUUUGAAAGAUAAAGAAUCUGGACAGUCUCUAGGAUUUGCAUACAUUUGGUUUAUAGAUGAAGAGUCUGCACAAUCGGCUGCAAAAGAGACGAAUGGAAAGUUUUUUGAUGGCAGGUUUAUUUAUGUUACAAUUGCAAAGCCUGGAUCAUCAAAAAGUUUGAAAAGGACAAAAGCCUACAAAUUCUAAUGACAUGAACUUUGUCUCUAUGAGCCUCAUUAGUAAGUAUACAUGUAAAAUGCAGCUUAAUUAUGAAUUUCAUGCAUUGUGCAUGUGCUUUGUGCCUUGGGGUUAGUUUUGGUAAAUGAUAGUUUUGUAUGCACUUACAACAAAAAGAACAAUACACGUGAGGAAUGCUAGCAAUUCACUUCUUCCAUCACAUACAUACUUGAACUUCUGUUGAUUGAAAUUCAACUGGAUUGUUGAACUUUUGUCAAGAAUUCAAAGAGCCUGCAGACUUAGAGAACA